CAAGGGAUUUUCCAUCCUGACCUUGUCCAGCCUGACCUUGUGCAGAGGUUAAAGGUCAUUAUGAAAUGAGCUAGGAGGGAAAUUUGUAAAAAAUAUCUUUAUUCAUCAAAACAGAGUCACCUCCUGUGUGUUCCCCUGCAGUCUGAGAUCUAUUCUUGCCUGCUCAUGAAAUGUAAAAUCUGGGAGCACCAGGCUGAGGCCCUUGCCCCAGAGUGGGCGCACUGAGGAUGCAGGGGGCCAGGGAGGAAGAACCGGGAACACCCGUCUGCUGGGCCGCUUCAGAAGCUGGAGCUGGGCAGGGUGCCGAUGCCAAGGGGUCGGCCAGUGGGGGCACCCACACCCCGAAUGUGGCACUCCCUCACUGGCCUCUCUCCCAGCAGAGCCGGCUCCCGGGCCUCAGGGUCAAGUACGUCUUCUUGGUCUGGCUGGGCGUCUUUGUGGGCAGCUGGAUGGUGUACGUGCACUACUCGUCCUACGCGGAGCUCUGCCGAGGGCACGUCUGCCAGGUGGUUAUCUGUGACCAGUACCGCAAAGGCAUCAUCUCUGGCUCCAUCUGCCAGGACCUGUGCAGUCUGCACGAGGUGGAGUGGAGAGCGUGUCUGUCCUCUGUCCCAGGGCAGCAGGUGUACAGUGGGCUGUGGCAGGGCAAGGAGGUGACCAUUAAGUGUGGCAUUGAGGGCCUGGACCCCAAGGCCAGGUCGGAGCCAGCCCCCCGGCAGGAGCUGCUGCUGUUCGACAAGCCCACCCGGGGCACGUCAAUCAAGGAGUUCCGAGAGAUGACCCUCAGCUUUCUCAAGGCGAAUCUAGGAGACCUGCCCUCCCUGCCCGCGCUGGUCGGGCAGGUCCUGCUCAUGGCCGACUUCAACAAGGACAGCAGGGUGUCGCUGGCCGAGGCCAAGUCGGUGUGGGCCCUGCUCCAACGGAACGAGUUCCUGCUGCUGCUGUCUCUCCAGGAGGAGCAUGCAUCCCGGCUGCUGGGAUCGUGCGGGGACCUCUACGUCACCGAGGGGAUCCCCCACAGCUCCUGGCAUGGAGCUGCUCUCCCGACCCUGCUGCGCCCGCUGCUGCCCCCCGCCCUGCACACGGUGCUCCAGCAGUGGUUGGGGCCCGCGUGGCCCUGGCGGGCCAAGAUUGCCAUUGGGCUGCUGGAGUUCGUGGAGGAGCUCUUCCACGGUGCCUACGGGACCUUCUACAUGUGCGAGACCACGCUGGCCAACGUGGGCUACACGGCCCAGUACGACUUCAAGAUGGCGGACCUGCAACAGGUCGCGCCCGAGGCCACCGUACGCCGCUUCCUGCAGGGCCGGCCCUGCCGCCACAGCGCUGACUGCACCUAUGGCCGGGACUGCAGGGCGCCCUGUGACAAGCUCGUGCGCCAGUGCAAGGGCGACCUCAUCCAGCCCAACCUGGCCAAGGUGUGUGAGCUGCUGCGGGACUACCUGCUGCCCGGCGCCCCCGCCGACCUGCGCGAGGAGCUGGGCCGCCAGCUGCGUACCUGCACCACGCUGAGCGGGCUGGCCAGCCAGGUGGAGGCGCACCACUCGCUGGUGCUGAGCCACCUCAAGACCCUGCUCUGGAAGGAGAUCUCCAACACCAGGUACUCGUGACGGCUGCCCCGGGGCCCCCAGCCACGGCUGGGCCACGCAGCUGGGCCGUACAGGCUGGAACGGGGGUGGGGGCACGAAGGAGCGCCUGGGGCCCGACCACAAGGGCUGGCCGGAGGACCCACUGGGAUCUCCGUCAUUCUGAAGAACGUGUGAUGUAAAUAAACCGCCUCUCUGUGA